CCGCCCCUCGGCGGUCCAGCCCUCAGGUUCCAGUAAAGUCCCCGUGGUCCUGCCGCCUUGCGGUGCUCGUUGCUGGCUCUCCACCCGCACGCGACUUCAUCGGCGAUUUAGCACGCUCUAGACAUGGCUGCCCAGUGUGUCACAAAGGUGGAGCUCAAUGUUUCCUGUAACAACCUUUUGGAUGCAGAUGUGACAUCAAAGUCGGACCCUUUAUGUGUGUUGUUUUUGAACACGAGUGGUCAACAGUGGUAUGAGGUUGAACGGACAGAAAGAAUUAAGAAUUCUUUGAAUCCCAAAUUUUCUAAGACAUUUGUUAUUGAUUACUACUUUGAAGUGGUUCAGAAAUUGAAGUUUGGAAUCUAUGACAUCGACAACAAAACUAUUGAGCUGAGUGAUGAUGACUUCUUGGGAGAAUGUGAAGUCACUCUUGGACAAAUUGUUUCCAGUAAGAAGCUAACUCGACCACUGGUGCUCAAAAAUGGCAAACCUGCAGGGAAAGGGAGUAUUACGAUUUCAGCAGAAGAAAUAAAGGAUAACAGAGUGGUAUUGUUUGAAAUGGAAGCCAGAAAACUGGAUAAUAAGGAUCUGUUUGGGAAAUCAGACCCAUACUUGGAGUUUCACAAGCAGACCUCAGAUGGCCACUGGCUGAUGGUUCACCGAACAGAGGUUAUAAAGAACAACCUGAAUCCCAUGUGGAAGCCUUUUAAAAUCUCUCUCAACUCUCUGUGCUAUGGAGAUAUGGACAAAACCAUUAAGGUAGAGUGCUAUGAUUAUGACAAUGAUGGAUCACACGAUCUCAUUGGAACAUUUCAAACCACCAUGACCAAACUCAAAGAAGCCUCCAGAAACUCACCUGUUGAAUAUGAAUGCAUAAAUGAAAAAAAGAGACAGAAGAAAAAAAGCUACAAGAAUUCAGGGGUCAUCAUUGUGAAGCAUUGUGAGAUUACUGUAGAAUGCACAUUUCUUGACUACAUCAUGGGAGGGUGCCAGCUGAAUUUUACUGUGGGGGUGGACUUCACCGGCUCCAAUGGUGAUCCCAGUUCUCCAGACUCCCUGCAUUACAUCAGCCCUAAUGGUGUUAAUGAGUAUCUGACUGCCAUCUGGUCUGUGGGAUUGGUAAUUCAAGAUUAUGAUGCUGAUAAAAUGUUUCCAGCUUUUGGCUUUGGAGCUCAGGUGCCUCCUCAAUGGCAGGUGUCUCAUGAAUUUCCAAUGAACUUUAACCCCUCAAACCCCUAUUGCAAUGGAAUCCAAGGCAUUAUAGAGGCUUAUCGGGCCUGUCUUCCUCAGAUAAGACUCUAUGGACCAACUAAUUUUUCUCCAAUUAUAAAUCAUGUGGCCAGGUUUGCAGCUGCAGCCACACAACAGCAGACAGCUUCUCAAUACUUUGUGCUCUUAAUCAUCACUGAUGGUGUGAUCACAGACCUUGAUGAAACCAGACAGGCAAUCGUCAAUGCGGCCAAGCUGCCCAUGUCUAUCAUCAUUGUGGGAGUUGGGGGAGCUGACUUCAGUGCCAUGGAGUUUCUGGAUGGCGAUGGUGGAAGUCUCCGUGCUCCAUCAGGCGAGGUGGCAAUAAGAGAUAUUGUUCAGUUUGUGCCUUUCAGACAGUUCCAGAAUGCUCCAAAAGAAGCACUUGCUCAGUGUGUCCUGGCCGAGAUUCCCCAGCAGGUGGUGGGCUACUUCAACACAUACAAGCUCCUUCCUCCCAAAAACCCAGCUGUGAAGUAGAAGGCGCCAGGACAGCUACAGGCUUUCAAGAGCUGUGUGGAGCAAUGCCAUCUCUUACACAGAACGAUCUGCGCUUUUCACCCCCAGGGUGUCUGACGCCAGCCCAGCUUUUUGUAUAUAUUCAGUCUGUUUAAAGCAUACAUUUUAUACGUUUUGAAGAGGACAGUAGCAAGUCAAUUUCUGCUCAAUGAAUUCAAUGAUUGUUAGUGAUUUAUAGAAAUUACGAGUGCUAUUUGGAAUUGAAUUUAAUGUGGGAAAGUGAGGUUUGUUGGUUUGUUGUCUGCUUCCUAUAAGUGAAAUGCCAUUUUCAAGUGUUGCCCGUAGAGUGAAUGAGGAAUUAAGCAUGAAGAGGCAUACAGGUUGUUGUACUGUUUAUAGUAAAUAUUUUCAAGCUAAUGUCCAGACUGUGACUGAGAGAACUCUUAAGUUUGUAUCUCUGACUCUCUAUUCUGUCCCUUUCCAUGCUGCAGUGCUACAGUACAAACUGUGUUUCCACAUGGCUGCUUGUGUGAAAACGGGCUCACUCCGCCGUCAACCAGUGCAGCUCCUCGUAGACAAGACGUUUUUAUUUGCCUUUUGAAAUCUUUUCACUGUGAACUCUUGCACAUAUUUGGCCUUUGCUUUACUGAGUAAACAAGACACUCAAACUUCUGUGGGCAUCAAAUGAUAGGUCAUCCCAGAGGCCACAUGAUUAGAUCAGCAUAGCUGACUAGGUGCAUUCACCGAGGCUUUGAGGACCAAACAUUGAAGGUGGAAACUCAAGCGCAGCUGCAGGCCAGGCAUGGUGGCACAUCGUCCGAGCUUGGGGAGGCAGAGGCGUGAGGCAGCACUAGCCGACCCGCCUACAGAGUUCAUUCCAGGCCAGCCAGCUCCCAGUGAGAAUGCGUUUUCAGAACAACAAAGGAAAACAAGUAACUGAGAAACACAUUUCUUCAAACUGGCUAUAUAAUUGCAAAAGGUCCUGUGUAUUGAUUUGUAUAGAUUUAUUUAGAUAUUUUUGCCUUUUAAAAAUAGUUUUCUUCGGGCAUUGGUGACGCACACCUUUAAUCCCAGCACUUGGGAGGCAGAGGCAGGCAGAUUUCUGAGUUCGAGGCCAGCUUGGUCUACGGAGUGAGUUCCAGGACAGCCAGGGCUACACAGAGAAACCCUGUCUUGAAAAACAAAAAACAAACAAAACAAAACAAAAAAUAGUUUCUUUAAACUUAUGAUUCUAGUUAUUAAUCAAAAUUCCAUUUUUCAUUUCAAUAAUGAACUAUUUCCUAAGUCCAGAAUUCUGUUAAGCAUAAAACUUGAUAUAAGAUUUUUGGAAUAGAUUCUGUAACAUUUGCCUGAGGAUUUAGAUGUCAAAUACGUUGCCUAUCCAUUCAGUGGCCAAUUAUUGCUAACAAUUUAAUUAUGUAAAGAAUUAUGUAUUCACCACAUAUCCUUAAGUGGAUAUCCACAGCGCCAGUCAGCAUUUCUGUCAGUAUUACUGAGUCCUGCCACCACUGCCUGUGUCUUUGUUUUCUUCAGGCUUCUCAGAAACAGCUUACUGCUGAGGUCUGGCUCAGAGGAUCCACCUGUCUCAUUUGCCUAGCCCAGUGAGCAGUUGCCUCCUUCCCACAUGGGUAACUGGCAUCUGGAUAUGUGCUGUUAACCUGAAGCAAUGCACCUCUAUAUAGCAGGGUUUCUUGAAAUUUAUUUUAAUUGUGAGUUCUUUCACCCAAGAAAUUUUUAUGUGCCACCAGUUUUAUAGGUAUAAAAAUGUAUAUUUAAGAUAGUUAUACAAAUCAAACAUUGCAAGGGAACCAAAAGAAAUUUAUUUUAGCUAUCUGGAGACAUGGUGACAGGUUAAUAGUACAUAUUACUCUUGCAGAGAUCCUGUUGGUUGCCAGCAAAUGCAUCAGGCAGCUUUAUUUGGCUUAACUUUGCUUUUAGGGGAUUUGAUGGUCUCCUCUGCCCUCCAUGAGAACCUGUUUUUGUGUGUGCUGUCUAUUUGGUAUUGCAGUACAUAGAGCAUCUUUAAUGUCUUCAGAGUUGGUUGAUAUUUUGAUUUUAUGAUUGCCAAUACUUAGAACCUUUUUCCAUAUAAAUGUACAACAGUGUUUCAGAAGUUGGAAAUUCUAUCCUCAUCAUAAGCCAAAAGAAAAAAAAUUUAAAGUUUUUUGUAUAAAGCUUAAGUUGACAGUUUUUAAAAUCAAACUUUCUAACAUAAUACAAUCUAGAGAUAUAUUGAUUUGAUAUUGACUUGAUUCAGAAUAACAGGAAAAUAUUGCCCGUAACUAAGUGUGUAUGCUAAAGUUGAGUGUAUACAGUAACGUCACUUUAAAUCCCAAUGCAUAAAGUAACCUGGAGUCUGAGCUGAGGUAUUCAGUCAGUGUUUAUUGUUGAUGUGUGACAUAGCAGCUGUGUAGUGCAAAAUGCACCUGCUGUCUCUUGACAACCAAGGCUGCAGUGAAGUUGAGCAGUACAGCAUGGGCAAGCCUGCCAGAAGCAUCUCAGACACGUUACACAUUUGGUUUUGAAUUGAUUUUUGGCCAUUGUUCAUUAGAAAGCUUUACUGUUGUCUUUUUUUCCCAGUCAGUUACAUGACUGCCUAGGGGACCGUGGCCCACAGAUGACGAACAUGGGCUCUAUAGCAGGACUCAGAAGUAACAAUUCAGUUCUCCAGAUGUGAUGAAAUCUGAUUUUUUUUUCUUUUUCUUUUUUUCUCUUUUGAAAUCAUCUUCAUUUCAGGGUCUCAGGUUCAGUUCUCUGUGCUUGGGACGAUAUCACAGCGUUUUCAGGACUCUCUUUUGCACAUGGAGGGAGCCAGCACAGAAAGAAAGGCCUUAUAGCUUCUCUCUGUUGUGUGGUAGGAGAGCGGCUUUUUGGCUCUGAAGCAGGGCUCACUAGGCGUGCGCAGCCCCACAGCAUCCUCAGAACUGUGGCCGUCAACAUCUGGUAGCCAUCUUGUUUCUGCCCUUUGGUCUUUAACAGUUUUAUAUUCUGGUUUAUCAGCAUUUUUUAUUUUUAAAAUAGUUUUUCUUUAAAUGACUCAUCUUGAUAAGGUUUUAUAGAUUUAUUAUUCAUAGGAACUGUGAUUCUGGCAAUUUAAGGUAAUCUAUAGCUUUCUGCAAUUUGAAAUAAAAGCAUUUCCAACUUCUAGAUUAUCAUUUCAUAAAAUCCUUAAUUUCAGCACUCACCCUCAUUCUGUACUAUUUUGUAGUACACAAAUACUUAUUUUUCCUUUUGUGCCAAUAUUUGAACAAAAGCCAUUCAUUCUUAAAGAAUAUCUAAAAUAAAAAUCCCCUAACUGACCUUUAUUUCUCUAUAACUACAUAUGUACGUGUCCAUCGUGUGCGCGUGCACGCACACACACACACACACACACACAAUUUCUUGCAUGCAUAUAUUCAGAGGUAGGAUUUGUUCCUUCCUAGUCACCUCCUUUUCUGUUUAAGAUUGAUUUAUUUAAGACCAUUAAAAUUUAAAAUCGUCUGGGGAUUUACAAGUGUUCACUUUAGACAGUGCUCUGUCAGCUUUUCCAGAGGGGACCCAGGGCCUCCCCGACCUUGUGCCGCUGAGUUUCACAUGCCUUGCCCUUUUCAUUUCAUACUAGAAAGCUGUCUUCCAGAAUGCUCUCUAGGCUAUUUUUCAUGGAGGUGAUGUAAGGUAAGUUAGCAGCUGGGUGGAAAUUAUGAGCAUUGUGUUGUGGCAGAUGGCACAGUAUGAGUAUAACUUGCUAAAUACAUAAGUUUAUAUUAAAUACAUUUUCUGUGUGAAUUCCCUUUAAAUAAAGUUACUCUUGAUGUAA